AUGUACGGCGAUCAAGGAAACAAACUGGUCCAACACGCCAAACGCAUCCAAUCCCUCCCGCACCUCCCCCCGCACCACACCGACCUCACCCGCACCCUCAUCCGCGAAGUCCACGACCUCAACGCCAACGUCACCGCCCUCCUCGCGCCGUACACCUCCCCCGACUCUCCCACGCCCGCCUUCAACCCCUCCGCCAACCCGGCCACCGCCUGCGCCCUGCUCGUCAACCACCUGUGCAUGCGCCGUAACAAGCGCUGUCUGCUCGCGUACCACCGGGUGCGGGCGGAGAAGGUCGAGGAGCUGUGCUGGCGCGGGUAUGAUGUGGUGGAGUAUCAGCAGGAGAGGCGGCGGCGGGAGCAGCAAGGAGGAGGAGGAGGGGCGGGGAUGGGGAAUGUGUUGAGUGCGGAGGAAGAGGAGUAUUUGAGUAGGUAUUCGGAGAUGUUGCUGGGGUAUAAGGGGCGGUGGACGGAUGUGGAUUUGACGGGGAGUUUGGAGCCGCCGAGGGAUUUGUUUAUUGAUGUGAGGGUGCUGAACGAUGUGGGGGAGGUGCAGACGGAGUAUGGGUGA